GCGUCCCUUGAGCUCAGUAAGUCGUGCUAAAGUGGUACGACUGUAAAAGUGUGCGUCUCGUGUCAUCGUGCCCGUGGAACGCGGUGCCGUCGAAACCCGCCAAAACGCUGUUCAGAAGCACAAUUCUCCGAGCAGCCGAGCAGCGACCAGCAAUGACAAAAACCAAACCCAGGGUACCGGUAGACAACAACAAGACCUUUUCAUAUCACCAAUCCCAACAACCAUGUCGAAUUGCGCGUCGCCUCAAAUCAAUUUCCAGCAAGUAAAAGAGCAGUGGAGAACGGCCACAAAUGGCAUGAAAGUCCGGAGCCUUGCCAACAACAGCCGCAGACUUUGUGGCGGUUUCUUCGUAUUGAACGAACAUGGCAAUGCCGCAACCCUCGGCUUUUGCUAUGAAGCGUACCACAAGAACUACGGUAUUACUGUGGCCCAUUUGGCCGACUACGUCGAUGCCGAUGGUAACGUUGUCCGCGUCGGUCAAGUUGGUGGCAAGUUGUAUGCGUUUGACUCGGAUGAGCCGGACGCCAACGGUGUUCAUGCCCAGGUCGAAAUUGGAACGAUCGUCUCAAUUGACCGAGCUACUGACUCCAUGCUCUUUGAAGUUCGUCCUGAAGUCCGCAUUGAGCCGCGAGUUCUCAAUGUCAGCCGAGGGCAAAACGCCACUUUUCCAGAAGAAGCCAUUUCAAUUCCUCCCUCACCCGGCCAGAACGGUUCGUCCUCAACGCUUUUCACUACUCUAGCCGGAUUUGGAGCACAGCGUCGUAGAGCACUUGGUCGCGUUGUUGGUCAAAUUAGCAGCACAGAGGCAAAUAGCGGGAUCCUAGAAGAAGAUUUGUGCAUCCAAUCCUUUGACCCCAAUGAUGACAAUGACGAGUCUCACGCCAGUGGAAAAGUACCAUUGACAGACGGAGGAGAUUGUGGCAUGUUUCUCCUGGACGUUUACGCCAAUCUCUGGGGCAUGCACCAUGUCCUACGCUACAAAGGCAGCACCCGCGAAUACACGUCUUGCUGCGUCCCUAUCAAGAACAUUCUGGAGGCUCCAAGCCACAAGGAAUUCUUUCCCCAGCACAAAGACAGUGCUCUCCUCCAGUCUUCUCCAAGAAUUAUCCGAUCCUCCUCUCUAAAGGAAAAUAGUCAACCAGCGCUCGAUGAUGAUUGCGUUGUCCUCAACAAGCCGUUGACAUUCAAGACAAAAACGAAAGAACUUGCUCCCUAUCACCAGGACUACAGCCACCAACCCAAACUUGCCAAGACAAAGAUCGUGCCACUUGCCCCAUUCGGUGGAAACAAGGCGGUAUGAAAUCGACGGGCGUCAGCUGGCGUCCAUUAC